CAUCCCCUCCAGUCCAGCUAGAGCUUACUGCAUACACUCUCCAACACCAUCCUCCUCCUCGCAAGAAAGCUUACACAGCUGCAAUAAUGGCGACCACCGCGCUGAGCAGCCUCUCCCUCUUCACAGCCGCCCCUCCACCUUCCUCGGCCGUCUCGUCCCGUGUGGUGCUCCCGCUGACGGCGCCGUCGGCGAGGGGCAUGAGGCUUCGUGCGCAGGCGACGUACAAGGUGAAGCUGGUGACGCCGGAGGGGGAGGUGGAUCUGGAGGUCCCCGACGACGUGUACAUCCUGGACCACGCCGAGGAAGAAGGCAUCGACCUGCCCUACUCGUGCCGGGCUGGUUCCUGCUCGUCGUGCGCCGGCAAGGUGGUCUCCGGCGAGGUGGACCAGUCGGACCAGAGCUUCCUGGACGACGACCAGGUCGCCGCCGGGUGGGUGCUCACCUGCGCCGCCUACCCGCAGUCGGACCUCGUCAUCGAGACCCACAAGGAAGAGGAGCUCACCGCCUGAAAACUGAAUCCCUCGGCUCGAUUUAUGAUCCUUUAAUUGGUUGAUUCUCCGUCGGUUUCGUGCUUGCUUGCUUGCAACUGCGUGCGCUGCUUACAUGCCGUGCUAUCUUUGAAGAACUAGUCUAGUGUUUAGGAGAUGUAAUUGUUAAUUAGCGGUUGAUGUUGUGGCCGAUCCCUUCCAAGUAGCGUUCAUUUUCUCAAAGACUCAAAGUCACUGGUAAAGAGAGACAAUUGGCUUCAUGUAAUGGUGGUCAGCAUAAUGCAUGCAUACUCUGAAAACACCUAGAAUCGUGCAA